AUGACUAAAGAAUCAAAGAGAAAAGCAAGGCAGGUGCCUGAAAGACCAGAGAAAGAGCGCUCUAUGACCAAAGAAUCAAUGAGAAAAGCAAGGCAGAAGCCUGAAAGACCAGAGAAAGAGCGGCUUAUGACUAAAGAAUCAAAGAGAAAAGCAAGGCAGGUGCCUGAAAGACCAGAGAAAGAGCGCUCUAUGACCAAAGAAUCAAUGAGAAAAGCAAGGCAGAAGCCUGAAAGACCAGAGAAAGAGCGGCUUAUGACUAAAGAAUCAAUGAGAAAAGCAAGGCAGGUGCCCGGAAGACCAGAGAAAGAGCGAUAUAUGACCAAAAACUCAAUGAGGAAAGCAAGGCAGAAUCCUGAAAGACUUUAG